CUUUCGAACGGUCCAAUAGCAAUAUAUGUCCGUUGGGCCCCUCAGUGUUCUCUACCGCACCAAAUCAAUUCACCAAAAAUCCCAACUUUAUCGCUUAUUUUUUACUCUUAUUUUUUCUCUCUCAUACUAAAUGAGCCUUUUGACCCCUUUCAUAAAAUCGAGACUCCAUCCACCCCAAGUCCGUCGAUCAACCUUUCUCACUAUCUCUCAAGUUUUCUAUUUUUUUUUUCUUUUGUAAUUCAAAAUUUGGAUCGUCCUGCUGUGAAGAUUCAACUCUGCUUCUCGCCGAGCAUCUUGUUUCCGGUCGCCAGCAAUAUGUAUACUCAAAUAGUGGAGAUUCAACCUCGCGAACUUAAGUUCUUAUGUUUAACCAGCUCUUUAUAUCAUUUUGAUAUCCUGUUUGUUCCUUUGUCUAUUCUGACUAUCCAAUUGGGUUCUUUAGUUGAAGUGAAGAAACAGAGUUCAUGUGCAGUGCACCUUGCCAAUGUCACGGACCAAUAUGUAGCUUUCAAGGUUAAGACUACAUCUCCAAAGAAGUACUGUGUGAGACCUAAUGUUGGUAUAAUCAAGCCAAAAUCAACAUGUGAUUUCACAGUUACCAUGCAAGCACAGAAAUCGGCUCCCCCUGAGAUGCAAUGCAAAGAUAAAUUCUUGAUUCAGAGCACUGUGGUACCAUUUGGAACAACAGAAGAUGACAUUGUACCUAGCAUGUUCGUAAAAGAGAGUGAAAAAUAUAUUGAAGAGGUCAAGCUCAGAGUUAGUCUUAGUAUUGCACCCGAUUACCCAGAAAAGCCACUGGCUAAUGUAAUUUUGAAUCAAGAAUCUUCUUUCAAGUCUUCUAGUCCAAAAGAAGUCAAUGAACCUGUUUUGCUGCCUGUUAAUGGAGCUACUAAGCAAGAUCCAUCCUAUGAGACUAUCAUCCCGAAAGAUAAAUUGCAGAAUGGAGUUGAAAAUUUCCCUCCUGAUGACACGGUGACUGAGAAACUGGAGUCAAUCACAAGUGUUAAAAACGUGGAAGAGUUCAGAUCAGUUAAGGAUGAUAUGAAGGCAGCUCCUCCCAAGGAUGAGGAGUUUUACCUAGUCAAGGAUGAGGUGAAGCCGGUGAAAGAUUUAGACGAGACAAAUUUAAAGCUUAUGAAAGAUAUUGAGGAAUUGAAAUCAAAGAUCAGCACCAUGGAUUCUGAGCUAGUUAAGGCAAAGUACAUGAUUGAGAAGUUGAAAGAGGAAAAGAGCAACACCAUCCGUGAGAAGGAAUUGUUAAAGCAGGAAUUGGCUACAUCAAGGAAAAGGACCGUUGUAAGAAAAGUCAGAGCCGGUUUUCCACCACUUUUCGUGUGCAUGGUGGCACUGAUUAGUCUGGUGAUUGGGUUAUUGCUUCGUGCUUAAUGCAUUAAGUAAUUUGAGCUCAAUGCAGUAAGUCCAUAGUGUUUUUUAUUUUGAAAGACAGAAUCAUGGUUUUAACAGAGCUAUCUAGCACUAUGCUUGUCGAUAACUUUAGUACAUUAUAUCCCAACCUUAUGAAUGUAAAAAGAACUGAUUUUUUACCAAAUAAAAGAGGGAAUAGAUUAGGCUUUUGGUCGUCUGCCCAGGAAAUUGGAUUGGGAACAGUUUUAGUAAAUUUUACUUAGUUUACGAAAACCUGUUGAAUUUUUACUUGCCAUAUUGCUUUGCAUAGUUGUAUCUGAACGUCUUUUUAAUGAAAUACAGUAAAUUGGGUUUGUUGUUUUUAUUAUCGAAUUGUUCCAAUGUUCUCAUAUUUUCUUCGUCCAACUUUAUUUUUCUACUUC